UCUCCAUGGCAACGUCUACAAACCCGCAGCUCCGCGAGCUCCCUGUAAACGAAACAGCAGGAGAUUGAAUCCAAUUUAAUUACUUUUUAACAGCACAUUGUUAAUAUGAAGGCUUAAAUAAAAGAAAUGCGAAGUUUUAAUUUUUUGAUAUCAGCCAAUUCGGCGACGUUAGUCUAAAACUAGCGAGCUAACAGCUAAUGCUAGCGAGACUGUGUUUUUUCUUUCCAGGUAGUACAGAACAGGGUGAAGGAGGAAGUUUGGUCAAAAUUAUUCCCAAAACCUUUCAUUAGAAGCUGUUUUCUAUUGUGAAUGCAAUAUAUAUAUAUAUAUAUAUAUAUUUUUUUUUUUUGCCAAAAUUGAGAUUUAGAUCGAGUGACAGAAUGAACCUGACUGAAGUGGAAGAGCACAUUACAGUGAAGUAUGACAUCAAGAGGAGACUCGGGAAAGGGGCGUAUGGAAUCGUCUGGAAGGCAGUGGACAGGAAGACUGGAGAAACAGUGGCCGUGAAAAAAAUAUUCGAUGCCUUCAGGAAUAGAACUGAUGCUCAGAGAACAUUCAGAGAAAUCAUGCUUCUUCAGGAGUUUGGGGAUCAUCCCAAUAUUAUCAAGUUGCUCAACGUCAUCCGAGCCCAGAACGAUAAAGAUAUUUACUUGGUGUUUGAGUACAUGGAUACCGACCUGCAUGCUGUUAUUAAGAAAGGCAGCCUUUUGAAGGACAUUCAUAAACGCUAUAUCAUGUACCAGCUUCUCAAAGCCACUAAAUACUUACACUCAGGGAACGUUAUCCACAGAGACCAGAAGCCCUCGAAUAUACUACUAGAUGCAGACUGCUUUGUCAAACUGUGUGAUUUCGGUUUGGCGCGCUCCCUCUCCCAGAUGCAGGAAGAUGCUGUGAAUCCUGCUUUAACAGAUUACGUAGCAACGCGGUGGUACCGUGCUCCUGAAAUUCUCCUCGGCUCCACUAGGUACACGAAAGGAGUGGACAUGUGGAGUUUGGGCUGCAUUCUGGGUGAGAUGUUGCUUGGCAAGCCACUUUUUCCUGGAACGUCUACCAUGAACCAGAUAGAGAAAAUUAUGAGUGCUAUUCAACAUCCUGUGCCAGAAGAUGUUGUGGCCAUCAGGUCAGAGUAUGGAGCAUCUGUUAUUCAGAGAAUGCUGCUUAGGCCACAGGUGCCAUUAAGGGAUUUAAUGCAGCCUUCAGUGCCACCUGAUGCUCUUGAUCUGCUACAACGCCUGCUUGUCUUCAAUCCUGAUAAAAGGCUAACCGCAGAAGAGGCUCUCCAGCACUCUUAUGUGGCCAAGUUUCAUAACCCGUCCAGGGAGCCUAGUCUGGACUACGAAGUUAUUCUCGCUGUGGAUGAUGACGUCCAGCUCUCUGUGACUCAAUACAGAAACAAGCUCUAUGAGAUGAUUCUGGAGAAAAGGGCAUCCCGCCACAUGGCAAAAAAAGCUCACCUUAAACAGAAAGCUGAGGGAAAGCCUGGAAAAGAUGUCAGGGAAAAUGAAGUGGAUAAAGCAAAUGCAAAUGAUAAAGAGUGCAAGAAGGCUGAAAGAAAUGAGUGUGAUGGGACAGGUGAAAGGAAAUUGUUGCAACACAGCAAAACCCAACAUGGAGCAGCAUCAGUCCCUGCCAAGACGGUGUUUGUGCAAGAUCAAACACAACCAGGAGUUGGCAGAAGCAGUCCAGCUGCAAAUGGCAGCGUGACCAUGACAUCUUAUAACCCAAUCACACAUGUGUCCAGUGAUGUGGUCAGACCAUCCAGUAAUCCUACCCUGGCUGGUCAGCACCAACAUAACCGAUUUGGCAGAAAAGUGGCACAGCAGUCCCAGAGCAAUGACAGCAGUAGCAUCUUACCCAUACAGGCAUCUCACAAGGGUGUAGAGACGAGACAGCAGCGUGGUCAGUCAGCCCCCGAACGAGGCAACCGGUUGUUCUCCCUCACACUCUUACAGCCUCAGAAUAGCGCUCUGUUUCGGGAGGAAGACCCCAACCUGACCUCAGGCCUUUGCAUUACCUCUGCACGGCUGAACCAGCGCUCCCUUUCUCAGCCUCGGACUGCAAAACCUCCCCAUAGAUUCGUUAAGAAAGUCUUCUAGAACAACUUAAGUGUUUCUUCUUUGAGAGACCAUUGAGCUAAACUGGGCAGCUACUCUUAAGCACAUGGAAACAUCAAGAGAUUGGAGUUGAACAACCUGCUUUGGGAUUGUCAGCAGCUAUAGAUUCCUAGAAUGAUUAUGUAUUUACAUAUUCAAUCGGAAAAUCUGUCGCUGCAGACUGCAUCAUGUGGGAUAAUGUCAAAUGUCAGUAAUUCAGUAUGGUGGACUGUUAAGAAAAAUAAUUGUAGCUCUUCUGGACUAUUUAGAUCGAAUCUUGUAUAGAGAAAUGAUCUUGCAAUAAAUGUGAUUUGUAAACUUUUUGAA